UUUUCUUUGUAAGGUCGAAGCAAUUAACCUUCAAAAACUUUGGCUUCGAUUGUUUUUCAAUUUACGUGCAUUUAACAAGUUGAAAAACUGUCUCAAUUACUGAAAUUGGUUCUCGUUUUUUUUUCGUUCUUGAAAAAUGAAUUGUCAGUUUGAAAAGUACAUACGUAUUAGAUGGUAUGACACAGUUCUCAUGAUUGACGUUUAUCUACUACAAUAAUUCGAAUUUCAGACUUUUCGCGACGAAUAUGAUUUUUUUAUUUUGCAUAUUUUGGAUAAGCAGCUUAAUCGAAGGAGUGCCCAAUAAUUACGAACAUCGAGUGGAAUCGAGGAGCAUCGUCGAUGAUUUACCAGUUAUCAAUUGGUUCUAUGGAGGUAAUCCAGUCGAAUCAAAAUCACAAGAAGUAAAUCAAACUGCAAAUGACCAGAAGAAAUUCAAAGUGAUACCCGUUAAUGAAGUGGGGCCGAAUGAAACACCCGAACCAAUAGAAAAUUUUCUCCAAGAGCUAAAAGGAAAGGAGGAAAAUGCGAAUGAUAAGGACGAAAACAUUAAAACCUUACUGACAGAUUUGAAAUCUACAAUGACUGAAACACCUUCUAAUCUAGCCAAAGUUUUUGUCAAUAACGCUUGGCGCAUUUUUGAUAUCGGUACAAUGGGAACAUCUCGAAGAACUAGAAAUGUUGAACAAGUAUCGAUCUUAUUAGCACCUUUCUACGCCCUCAUAGCUAUGCUCACUCAAGUAUUUUAUGGGAUGAACAAUGUAUCAGGCCAUGCAUUAUACGAAAAUCUGAUCAAUCAACAAAUACUGGGAGGAAUCGCAGGUUUGCCAAAACACAAUUCAUCAGAUUCAAAAUCAAAAAUUAUCAUAGUUAUCAAUGACCAGAAUAAAGAAAAGGCGAAUCAUCUGCUUGGAGGGAAAACACUCACUGAAAUGUUAUUGAAAAUAAGGAAAUACUUGAAAAAAGAGGAAUUGGACACCGAAGAAAAAUUCUUUAUAAUUUGGAAAUUAUACGAUUUGUUUGGUCAUUUCUCAAACAAUGAUGACGAAGCUAAACUGAAACUCAUAACCUUGAUAAUUGAAUUAGGAGAUGAUCCAAGAUUUGAGCAAUUAUUCAAAAUUUUCAAAUCGAAAAAAGAUCCAGAAUUUGAAAAAAUGUGGAGACUAUUUAAAAACAGUCAAUCGUUGCUGAAAAAAAUUUAUCUCACCACGAUGAAACACCAUCCUGACGAAGACAUCGCAGAACAUCUUCCCAGUAAUUGUUUCAUAAUUGGUCCAGAAGAGCAUGAAAUAGUCAAAAAGAAGAAAAGGAAACAUGAAGAUAUUGAAGAAGGCAAAAAGAUAUCCACUAGAGAUCUGGAUUCAGACUCAGAAGACGAAUAUUAUAUUUGCUGUACAGGCGAUGACACCGAUCACGAAAUGAAUCGUCGUUUUGGUGGCCAGUCAAAUGAUGAAGUGAUACCCAAAAUUGAAGAGUUCGUACAUAAGGGAGACUUGGAUUCAAAACAGGCGUGGUUUAUCAUACUUAAGUUGCAUGAAAUGCUUAAAAAUUCAGAAAAAGAUGAUAAAAACAGGAAAAGAAUAAUUCAAUUAAUCAUAAUAAUUGGGGAGAAUCCUAAAUUUGAGAAAAUAUUCAAAAACAUUAAAUCAAAAAAUGAUCCACGUUUCCAAGAAAUUUGGCACAUAUUUAAAUAUGACCGAGCGAACGAGACUCCUGAAAAUCCACCACCGAAUACCACAGAGAAAGGCAACACUCCCAAGGACGAAAAAGAAUCGAGAAAAGAUGAAGCGAAUGGCAAAAAUACACCAACAGAACCUCCUCAUGCCAACGCUCAAGUUGAUCCUAAAAAUAACGAAUCGGGUAAUAUCAAAGCACCUUCGUCUGAUCCUGAGACUGAAAUACGUAAACUUAAAGAACGGGUUAUCUAUUUUACUGGCAAAACCGAGAUAUCAUACACUGAUUUGGAAGAAGUGGAACGUUUGCUGAAAGAUCCGUUGUUAGAUACGCUCACUAAACACGAUUUAAUCAAUUUCGUUCAUAAAUGGCACACGGUGUACAGACCAAGAUUAGAUGAAAAUAUGCAACGCAAACUAGAUGAGAUUGUUUAUAUCGUGAAAUCAACGCCAGAAUAUGACAAUUUUUUCACAAUGUUGAGCUCACCAGUCUACAAAAAAACUCACGAAGAGACUACAUUCUCAUCAUCUUCGUUUCGGAUUACAAACUUGGACGAAGGCGUAUUACAGUCCAUUCUGGCAUACAUAGAUAACACGUUGUCAAGUUGGACAGCAGAUUAUAAAGCUAGAUGGAGCGCAAUGCAUUUUGCAAUUUCAUUGUCGCGAUUAGACCAUAUUAAUGAUGAAACCAAAGCAAGGCUCCAAGACAUCAUUAAAACCGCUAGAACGAAAUCAAUAAAUGAUCGAAUUUAUGAAUCAAUAAGCAGGACAGGUUAGGCACUAAUCAUGCACUCGAUACGAUAUUAAUUACUCUCAUAUUCUCAAUGCAAAUAAUUCUCACCCUAUACUAAUAAGUACAUAUUGUUCUAUUCAACUGUUCAAUUAAUAAACGC